AUAACACACACGCUGAUACAAAAACAAAACAACGAAAAAAGAAAGAAAAUUAUUUAUACUUUAUAGCUUUUAUCUUCAAAUGCAUGUUUUCGUUAUAACUUCUUUUGUUCUUUUGAUUAAGAUCGCUCAAUAGGAUUCUUCAAACUAUCUAGAUCAUCAAACAAAAAUGGCGAAGAAACCGAAGCAGCUCCGUAACAAGCCGCGUAAAUCUUUUUCGACGCAAACUUUCACAGUUGUCGUACUUGUACUCUUUGUCAUUUUGAUCCUUGUCGGUCUCGGAAUCUUUUCACUACCCAGCACCAACAAGACCUCUUCUAUGCCGAUGGAUUUGACCACCAUUGUACAAACGAUCCAGGAGAGGGAGAGUUUUGGAGACGAAGAAGACGGUAAUGGUGACCGCUGGCUGGAAGUUAUCUCCUGGGAGCCUAGAGCUUUUGUUUACCACAACUUCUUGACAAAUGAAGAAUGUGAGCACUUGAUUAGCCUUGCGAAACCUAGUAUGAUGAAAUCAAAGGUGGUUGAUGUGAAAACCGGAAAGAGCAUCGACAGCAGAGUACGAACCAGUUCAGGAACUUUUCUUAACAGAGGACAUGACGAAAUAGUGGAAGAGAUUGAGAAUAGGAUUUCAGAUUUCACCUUCAUUCCUCCAGAAAAUGGAGAGGGGCUGCAAGUUCUUCAUUAUGAAGUUGGGCAGAGAUAUGAGCCUCACCAUGACUAUUUCUUUGAUGAGUUCAAUGUCAGGAAAGGAGGGCAACGAAUUGCUACAGUACUAAUGUACCUCUCGGAUGUCGAUGAAGGCGGAGAAACAGUUUUCCCUGCAGCCAAAGGAAACGUUAGUGAUGUCCCAUGGUGGGACGAGCUCUCACAAUGUGGUAAAGAAGGACUCUCUGUUCUGCCAAAGAAGAGAGACGCUUUACUCUUCUGGAGCAUGAAGCCUGACGCGUCUCUAGACCCUUCUAGUUUGCAUGGUGGUUGUCCAGUGAUCAAAGGAAACAAGUGGUCAUCAACUAAAUGGUUUCACGUUCACGAGUACAAUUGACUUGAAUAAAAAAGAAGAUAGAUAGCUUUUGAAGAUGUAAAGCUCUUAAACCUCACUUUAGUGAUGAAAGCUUUGUAUUGUCUCAAGAUUGUUUCAAUGUUUCUGUCGUCUUUGGCAGGUCUCUAUGAUCUCACCAACAUGUACUAAUAUGUGUGUAUCAUUGUCAAUUUCAUCCUGAUACGUCUCUCAGGAGCUCUCAAACGCUACACCAACAAAAUCACGUUAUGGCAUUUAAGUUAAAAUCUUAUUGAUACACAUAAUAUAUAAUUAUGUACACGAACUUUUUUCCUUUUGUCGUGUUUAGUAUGA